UAAUUCUGCUCUUUCUCUGGGAGGCAAGAAGAAAGGUGAGUUUUGCAUAUGUGUGAUGGAAUGGAAUAAUCUCAGUUAAGCAGACCACACUUUACGUCCUGGUUAGCCUCUUGUUUGUUAAAAAUUUGAAUUGUAACCAGGUUCCUUUGCUGAGAAGGAAGGCGCUAGGGCCCUGGAGUGAGAUGAUGGCUGCGUUAUGUGACCACAGAAGGUGGUUACGUACUAAUUUCCUCUAGGGCUUGUGAUGAAGUCAGUAAACCACAGCCUUCAGCAUGCUCUGCUCAGGCAGCAGCAGUGGCUUUUUGGAGGUGUCUCGGCCAUGACACACAUUUGACAUGCCCUCCCUCAACCUACUUAUAGACUAUUUUUCUUGCUCUGCAGCAUGGACCAAAGAGAAAUUCUGCAGAAGUUCCUGGAUGAGGCCCAAAGCAAGAAAAUUACUAAAGAGGAGUUUGCCAAUGAAUUUCUGAAGCUGAAAAGGCAAUCUACCAAGUACAAGGCAGACAAAACCUAUCCUACAACUGUGGCUGAGAAGCCCAAGAAUAUCAAGAAAAACAGAUAUAAGGAUAUUUUGCCCUAUGAUUAUAGCCGGGUAGAACUAUCCCUGAUAACCUCUGAUGAGGAUUCCAGCUACAUCAAUGCCAACUUCAUUAAGGGAGUUUAUGGACCCAAGGCUUAUAUUGCCACCCAGGGUCCUUUAUCUACAACCCUCCUGGACUUCUGGAGGAUGAUUUGGGAAUAUAGUGUCCUUAUCAUUGUUAUGGCAUGCAUGGAGUAUGAAAUGGGAAAGAAAAAGUGUGAGCGCUACUGGGCUGAGCCAGGAGAGAUGCAGCUGGAAUUUGGCCCUUUCUCUGUAUCCUGUGAAGCUGAAAAAAGGAAAUCUGAUUAUAUAAUCAGGACUCUAAAAGUUAAGUUCAAUAGUGAAACUCGAACUAUCUACCAGUUUCAUUACAAGAAUUGGCCAGACCAUGAUGUACCUUCAUCUAUAGACCCUAUUCUUGAGCUCAUCUGGGAUGUACGUUGUUACCAAGAGGAUGACAGUGUUCCCAUAUGCAUUCACUGCAGGUAUACAUGCAUACAUGCUACUGUGAUCUUUCAUUUCAGUGCUGGCUGUGGAAGGACUGGUGUUAUUUGUGCUAUUGAUUAUACAUGGAUGUUGCUAAAAGAUGGGAUAAUUCCUGAGAACUUCAGUGUUUUCAGUUUGAUCCAGGAAAUGCGGACACAGAGGCCUUCAUUAGUUCAAACGCAGGAACAAUAUGAACUGGUCUACAAUGCUGUAUUAGAACUAUUUAAGAGACAGAUGGAUGUUAUCAGAGAUAAACAUUCUGGAACAGAGAGUCAAGCAAAGCAUUGUAUUCCUGAGAAAAAUCACACUCUCCAAGCAGACUCUUAUUCUCCUAAUUUACCAAAAAGUACCACAAAAGCAGCAAAAAUGAUGAACCAACAAAGGACAAAAAUGGAAAUCAAAGAAUCUUCCUCCUUUGACUUUAGGACUUCUGAAAUAAGUGCAAAAGAAGAGCUAGUUUUGCACCCUGCUAAAUCAAGCACUUCUUUUGACUUUCUGGAGCUAAAUUACAGUUUUGACAAAAAUGCUGACACAACCAUGAAAUGGCAGACAAAGGCAUUUCCAAUAGUUGGGGAGCCUCUUCAGAAGCAUCAAAGUUUGGAUUUGGGCUCUCUUUUGUUUGAGGGAUGUUCUAAUUCUAAACCUGUAAAUGCAGCAGGAAGAUAUUUUAAUUCAAAGGUGCCAAUAACACGGACCAAAUCAACUCCUUUUGAAUUGAUACAGCAGAGAGAAACCAAGGAGGUGGACAGCAAGGAAAACUUUUCUUAUUUGGAAUCUCAACCACAUGAUUCUUGUUUUGUAGAGAUGCAGGCUCAAAAAGUAAUGCAUGUUUCUUCAGCAGAACUGAAUUAUUCACUGCCGUAUGACUCUAAACACCAAAUACGUAAUGCCUCUAAUGUAAAGCACCAUGACUCUAGUGCUCUUGGUGUAUAUUCUUACAUACCUUUAGUGGAAAAUCCUUAUUUUUCAUCAUGGCCUCCAAGUGGUACCAGUUCUAAGAUGUCUCUUGAUUUACCUGAGAAGCAAGAUGGAACUGUUUUUCCUUCUUCUCUGUUGCCAACAUCCUCUACAUCCCUCUUCUCUUAUUACAAUUCACAUGAUUCUUUAUCACUGAAUUCUCCAACCAAUAUUUCCUCACUAUUGAACCAGGAGUCAGCUGUACUAGCAACUGCUCCAAGGAUAGAUGAUGAAAUCCCCCCUCCACUUCCUGUACGGACACCUGAAUCAUUUAUUGUGGUUGAGGAAGCUGGAGAAUUCUCACCAAAUGUUCCCAAAUCCUUAUCCUCAGCUGUGAAGGUAAAAAUUGGAACAUCACUGGAAUGGGGUGGAACAUCUGAACCAAAGAAAUUUGAUGACUCUGUGAGACUUAGACCAAGCAAGAGUGUAAAACUCCGAAGUCCUAAAUCAGGAGUCUGGGAAAACAGGAUGGCAUUACUGGAGUGGUUAGGAAAGGUUUCGCUGAGUGGAAGAAAGAACUUUAAAUAAUUUGUAUAGACAGAGAGAAAAAAGGAGGGAAUUCCAGCAGCAGAGAUCAGCCUACCAAUGACUCAAAGGUAGAAAUGAGCAUGAUGUGUAUGGAGAAAUGGUGAGUAGGCUAUUUUUUUUGCAAUAGAUAUUCUAGUUUGUGAAAUACAGAAAAUAAAUUUGGUUAAAUAAGAUGUGGGGCAAGAUUCUGAAGGACUUAAAAAAGCUAGUCACAUGAAAUAUCCAGAAUAGACAGAUCCAUAAAGAUAGAAGCAGAUUAGUGAUUGCCAGGGGCUGGGGGAAAGAGGAAAAUAAGGAGUGAUGACUUAAUGGGUGCAGAGUUUCCUUCUAGGGUGAUAAAAAGUAUUCUGGAACUAAAUAGUGGUGAUGGUUGUACAAUACUGUGAAUGUGCUAAAUGUCACUAAUGGCAAAUCUUAUGUGUAUUUUACUACCCAAAGUUAGGCAGAGGAAUUUACACCCAAAGUUAGGCAGAGGAAUUUAGAUUUAAUGUAGUAAGUAACAGGCAUUAUGGGUUCUUUGUUAGGGGAGUAUUAAGAUGAAAUGGAAUUUUAGGGAAAUAAUUACUAGAAUACUGUUAACGAACAACUUUAGUUUUCAGAAUAUUCCCUAACAGCAAACUGGAAGAUGAUGAACUACUUCAGAGUAGUUAUUAAGUAUUUAUUAAAUGCCUACUGUAUGCCAGUUAUUUUAUUAGGUGCUAGAAAUAAGUACUACACUUGUGUGUAUUACCUAGCAUGUAAGAAAUAAGACAAUUUAUUGAUAAGACAAAUUCUAAGGACUAAACAAACCCAAUGACCAAUGACAUGUGAACCUCUUGUACUUUACUGCAUUUUCAUUUUCAAAAGGAAUUAAUAUAAUAGUAAUACUCAGCACCAUAUAAUUAAAUGCUUAUGUCAGUAGAAUACCAUCUGUAUCUUCAGAAAUUUACAUCAUGGGAAAAUAUGUCCAUUACUGAAAAUCUUCAUCAUGGAAAAUUUCAAACACACAUUUAAAACCUACCUUAUCACACCAAUAAAAUUAAUAAUAAUUCCUUAAUAGUAACUAAUAUCCAGACUGUUCAGUUUUCAAUUGUCUCAAAAAUGUCUUUUUACAGUUGGUUUAUUCAAAUCUGGAUUCAAACAAAAUCUAAGCAUUUCAUUUGAUUUGUAUGUUUGUCUUCUUAAAUCUGUCUUUUGAAAUCUGUAACAGUUCUCCCUUCUUUUUUUAAUAUUUUCUUUUUAAAUAUAUAACCGUUCUCCUUUCUAUACUUUUCACAUCAUUUAUUUGUUGAAGAGAGUGGGUCAUUUGUCUUAAAAGACUGCUUAAUAUUCUAGAUUUGGCUAAUUGUAUCACAAUGGUUUUAUUUAACAUCCUCUAUGCCCAAUAUUUCAUGCAAAAUGGUUGUUAGAUCUAGAAGCUUGAUUAUAUUCGGUUUCAGUGUCUUUGGGAGAAUACUUCUGAAGUGAGCUAUACAUUUUUGAUGAAUCAUAGGCUCAUAGGCUAACGAGGUAGAAAAACAAAGUUCUUGAGGCUCCAGUCAUUUUUCAGAUAAUAUUUUAUUUGGUGAUUGUCGGUUAAGAUUGAUUGAUUAAAAAAUUAUACAAAGAGAAAAGGGUGUUGACUUAUGACUUUUAAUUGAUGGAUUUCUCUGGUUUAUUGUAUACUUUCUUAUCACAGAACUACAUCAAGAUCGUUCUUCUCC